GCGCCCUCUAGUGGCCGACAAGAGAGGCGACAAGUUCCCUCACACCGGAGGUCACAACAGAAAACAUGGCGGCUCCCAGUAAAGCGACCGUGGUGCUGAAGGCUGUGAAGAAAAUAGCGAUUCAGUUUUCUCCGUUUGAGUCUAAUGUCCGGUCCACACGGGAGUUCCUCGUCUUGGUGGGCUCAGAGAAGGCCAGAGCUACCAACAGGAACUGUGAGGUUGUAACCAUGGUGAAACAUGACAAAUCUGAACCUGUAGUGGAUGUUACUUACCUUGAUGGAGAGAGGCUGGUGAUGAAAGGAGCAAAUUUGACCAGCAAGGAGAUGCUGAGUGCAUUUCAGUCACGGUGCACAGCCAAGGAUCCACAGGCAGCAGCGAAAAAAUAACGAUCAUCAUGUUAAAUGUGUUGAAUUUAUCUGUACGUAUCAGUGUGUUGUUGGAUGUUUAUAAUAAAAGUAUUUCAUUUAAA